CCUUGAUCAAUCGAAGCGGAAAAAGCCCCUAAAUUCCGAUCCGAGCGAAAGCCAAAAAACCAUAGGAGUGACUUCCCGCAAAGGACAAAGAAAAUGGCUGACAAGGAGGAUGCAGUGAAGGAACAGGAGCCGGCUCAAAAUACGUCUCAUGAAACCAAACCUAAAGACUCUAUUCAGGCUAUUUGUGCCAGUUCCACUUUGGAUGAGUUCCUUAACAACGAUGCGAAACUUUGUAUCAGCUAUAAAGUUCCACAUUCAAUAAGUGCCGAUUAUGUCUCCGAACGAACAACGGGCAUGCCGUUACCUGAUUCUGAAUCAGUGGCCAUUGGAGUCAUGGCCGGACUAGGAAUCAAACGGAAGACUGCAAACAUUGUGGGUCCACCGUUGAAGAAAGCAAAGACCUUAUCAGAAAAGAGAGAGGCAUUAGAGCGCGACAUCGUAAAAUAUGGCAUGGCUACUGUCGAGAAAAUGUACCCGCGGCAGACUCCUAGAUCGAAAGGUGUCCCAGGGCGGCGAGGGUCAAAUUUUAACAAGUCCGUAACGAAGAUGAAACCCAAACCAUCCGGUGUCGACUUUGAGGAAGUGGAUGCGCGGGAUAUCUUGAAACCCCUUUCACAUGACAAAUACAUCCGCGAACCGCUCUAUGAUAGUGUGGUUUUCAUCACCCGUCGAAGUGGAUUGGUUCCUCUAUCCAGUUUGUGUAAAGAUGCCACCACGGUGAUGUCGUCCAAUGUAAAGUUGCUUAAGGGUAGAAAUGUGCGCUUGGGCAAGCCAAGCAUAUUUCUAAAGGAAAAAGGAAGGCUCCUUGCCAUAGGAGGUUCCAGAGGCAAUGCUCCACAUUUCAACAUCACUUCAGUACCCACCGUGGAGCCGAAGAGAUCUGAUGGAUUUGAAGAGGCCUUCACCAUGGACUCUGAAUAUGUUGAGUUUGCCUUGAAAGCAAUGGUUGAUCUUCCAAAUGUUUCCAAGAGCCUAGAUGUAUCCGAAAGAAUUGAUGUCCGGGAGCUGAAAAGACGCCAAAGAGAGGAGGAAGAACGGAAGGCUGCCAUGACCAGACGAGAUGUAAUCAACAAGAUUUACGAAAAAGUAAUUACCAACCAAUCGCUCUUUGUCGACGAGGAAGAUAGCAAAGGAGAAGAAACAGCCGAUAUUCCUGAGGUUAAGCCACCCGUGGACCAAAUUCCCUCAAAAUGGGAUCCUAGUAUGGAAUUGGAGCGUAAACCAGACAUCAAGCAAGAUCCCGUUGUAAAAACGGAGGAAUCAAACCCCAAUUCACCUCAAUGUAUCACGGAAAAUCAACCAGCCGAAAAAACAUCUGAGAGUGCGGUGAAACCUCAAGAACAAUCUGAUUUCAGUGAAGAAGACGACGAGAAUGAAGACCCUAAUCGAGGCCCUGUCCAUCUACAAUGGAAAGACAACCCUCCCAUACCUCGCAGUAAUCCCUUGGACAUCGAAACCAAAGCUAUUGUUAGUGAGGCUUUUAAAAGAGCAUUUGAGGAGCGAAAGAAAAAUCCAAUUGCAGGGUUCGAGGCCUGUGAUGUCGAGAACUGCUAUUGCAAAGAAAAGGAGGAAACCGUCCAGACCUGCUCCCAAACGCCAACGUCAGGUUCACAAACUCCAUCGGGAACUCCAAGCAAAAACGGAGAGAAAAAGACUAAGACUCGACUCACCAAAGUUAAGAGAGCCCUAAAGACGCUAGGUGUUAACUUCUACGAGUUUGACCAAGCUGACCAAGUGUGCAUUAGAGUAGAUUGUGACAAGCUCUGGUGUCGAUUUGGAUGCAUAUGCGAUUGUAUCUCUGGAAAAGCCAUUCCGCCUUCACAUUGUGGAAAAGUGGAGUGUAUGUUUCGAUGCACAUGUAGCGAAGACACAGCCACAUAUGCAUCUUCCAAAAAAGUCGGAAUCUCUCCUGCAGGAGCUGCCAACCUCCGGACAAACUCUCAACGCCAUUUGGCUGCUGAAGAGCGGAAGUUUCAUAAUACCGUCAUUUCCAGCGGCAAGGAUGUGGUCCUACUUGGAAGUUCGGGAAGGACCAAAAGGGAACGAAAGAUCCCAUCUCGUUAUCAAGAUGCGGAAACAGUUCUGAGUGACCAUUGUGGGAAGAAUUUGAUCCAUGUGGAGAAGGAUCCUGAUAUUCGAGUUUAUAGUGUCCUAAAUAAGGAUGCUAUUCGCACAGUUCAAGAGCACUUGGAAAAUGAAACCAUCCAGGCUUGUACUGUUCUUCUACCCAGGCUUUCUUUGCCCUCAAGUGUAAAGCAUUGGUGUAUGAUUCAUUGUCAUUACAAUUGUCCAUGUGGAAAGUAUAAGGACCCACUAGAUUACGGACCUGAUGUCAAUGUAAGAAAGAUGGUGAGCAAACCCAAGGGUCCAAAACAAAAGUCUAUACUUUUGAAUGAGGAACUGGAAACCUUUUCGGAGAACAAUCCGCAUCAACAUGACCUUCGCGAUCAUUCGGCCAGAACAUUUGGUUAUCAAAUUACCCCAAGUGAUGGACUCAAGCUCACCCAUAAAGUAGUUGUGCAGAAGGUGCCCAAAAUGGACCUCCUAGGUCCAUUAAGUAGUAAAAAUCUACCAGAAAAUAUGAAAUACUCUGAUCGUGUACAUCUGGAAGCUCGACCUAAAGGAGCCAUUCAAUACGUCAAGUGGAGCACGCUAAAGGAAGAAUUUAAUCAAGCUACCAUAAAGCUCUACCUUUAUGAGAGAGUAACCAGAUCCCUUGUAUUCAUCACAAAAGCUAAUGAUUCGCCCUAUGUCAUUGAUGCCAUCAAUUUGAAGGAAAUGUCGCCGGAACACUACAUCAGAGUCCCACAACAAGUAAGAGGCAUUUUAAGGCCAGCAGUUCCAAGCGAAGGGAGCAAAUACGCAAUACUUACCCACAAUGGACUGGCUUGGGAAUUUUCCGGGACAAUUGACAGGAAAGUUGAUGCCGAAGCCGAGUCAAGCUCUAACAAGAAAGUCGCAUCAUCACCCGUUGAAGGUGCCAUACCUACCAACAUUAAUGGAGAUUGUGAGGUUCAGAAGCUUGCCCUUGGCAAAAACCUCAUCACCUUGGAACGAUCAGGUCUUCAGACCAUGCAAAUCAAACUACCCCCAACAACAAACACUCAACACUGGUUCAUCAUUCGCAUUGAUAAAGAUACGGGUUCAAUACAAAUUCCUGACACAACUUUAGCCCUGAAGACAGCAGUCUUGAAGCAGGCUGCAGCCCUGGCCAAAAAGGAGUCCACAACCGUUCGAAUUCCGAUUCCUGUCUCAAAAGAAGUCAGCCAUUUUGGGGUGUAUGCAGUACCAGGAUUAGACACCCACGUUUUUGUUGGUCCAUUCUCAGUCCAAAAGCUAUCCGAAUCUCCAAAGGAAGUGAUUGACCUGGAUGAUGAUGAGGAGAUUCAAGAAGUUUCAGGGAGAAUAACAAAACCCGCCCAACAAAGAAAAAAGACUGACAAUGUCUCUCCAGAUGACGAUGAUGACAUUCAAGUCAUUUCUGACUCUUUGAGCUCAAAGGAUCACUUGAAGGCAUUGGUAAAGGAAAACAAUCAGGUGGUCAACGAGCUUCUCACAUCAAUGAGCGAUCAAGCUGUCAUAUAUGGGGAAACCAAGGUUCAACGAGAAAUGAAGCGGAACGUGUCCGUGUCUGGUCCAGUCCCUAAGCUGGUAUCUAAGGGAAGUGAGGCUGAGGUAGUUACCUUAGAAGAAGAUUCUUCAAUGGAUCCAAUCGGCCCUAACUUCAAUGCAAAGACAGUUCCAUAUGCCAACUUGCCUACUUCUCAGUUCGGCAAGAUAGUGUACAACUCUUCGUCAAAAAGCAUGGCCGGAGACAUCAUCUUGUUACAUGUUGAAAGUUUAAAGCUAACGUGUCGGAAACGCCCCUCUGGCAUGGUCACGUUCCCACAUCCAACCUUCGAAAACCAUUUUGUGUUUUGUAGUUCCAUUGAAAAUGCUGCCUUGUGGGUAAAGGAGUAUUUGAAGAAUGAAGAACUUAAAAAGAGAAGGAAACCUGUGGCCCGUUCCCUACCUAUGUUGGCCAUUAAGCCAAUGUCGUCGUUAAUGGAUGCACCGGUUGCCAACAAACCUAAUGGAAAGAAAGAACAACUUAUGGGUGUUUCAUCAUUCAUCAACCCAAGUGGAUCUCAAGGCGUGGCAUACCUGCUCAACUCUAAAUCUGAGCAUGCUGAAUUGUCAAAGCUCUUCUACGAACUAGCCAUCAAGACUUGUCGAAUGAAACCCACCAAGCAAUUAUCUCAAAGUCAGAUCUUGUCCAAAGCUAUGGAUGAAAUACAGAUGCUCACAGCUGAGGAAAAAGAAUUAGAGAAGGCAAAGACAAAGUUGAAGUUGGAAAGGCGUGAUGUCUUCACUAAGCUCAAAACUGCUCUCAUUGGUGCACCAAAAGAGGAGAAGAAACGUGUCUUGAUGAGUGUCAAAUCCGCCAUACGACAACUAGACCUAGAUGAUAAGGAUUCCAAUGUCAAGAAAAAUGCCAAAGGCUCUACAAUCGAUCAGGGACACUCCCCAACAACUUCCAUCGAUUACAUGAAAGUGAAAGAGACAACCCCUCCCAUCCCACAGCUGGCAUAUUCUGCCAAGAGCCAAAGUGAUAUGGCUUGGCUUAACGGUCUCGAGCCUAACUCCAUGGGUGCUACUCCUUACUCCGACGUCACGGGGCUGCAAACCUUAAAAAAGGGAAAGAUUUCUCGGCCCAUGAAUGCAUUCAUGUUGUGGGCCAAGGAUCACCGAAAGAACUUGAUUGCAAAUGGAUAUGAUGGAGCAACCGUUUCCAAACUCUUGGCUGACGAGUGGAAGUCACUUUCAGCGGAGCAAAAAAGUGAAUAUUAUAAAGAAUCUGAGCAUCUUAAAAGCCUGCACCAACUUCAACAUCCAAACUAUAAGUUUUCCCCUAAGGCUCGAAAGGCUCCUAUGGCCAAAAGGCCUUGGAUUAAGGAGUUCUUAAACAGCGAUGAGAGCCCAAAAAAGAGGAAACCCGUGGCAGAUUCAUCAGCAAACCAGUUGGCUCCACGAAUAAUGGGCCCUUCAGAGAUGGGAACCACUUCACCUUCUAUACGUUCCACUUCGGGAUCUGCCCAGUCAUUUAGUCCCGGAAUAAUUAACAUAAGGAUCCCAACUCUCCGCAAUCCUGGAGGAGAAGCUGUUCCCCUUUCGAAUCUAGCUCAAACCAUACAAAGCGAGGGCAUUAUGUCGCCUGUGGGUUGUGAAACAAUGCAAUCUUCAGGGCUACCACUGAUGCGCCAAAGAGCAUCUUCUUCCUCAGCUUCUUUCCAGCCGAUCCUUCAACAGCAACAACCAAGCGUUCAAACUGACACUCAAAUAAUUGAGUUAGAUUAGCUUGACAAUUUACAAAAUUCGGCAAUUGCUUGAAAUCCAUAACCAGUAACGCUUACUUGUAUUUGUGUGAGAAAUAUCUUCUUCAUACCCAAAAUAUACCGUCUCUUGUGGAAAUUUCGAUUAAACACCAAAAGAAGGUUGCUUUGAAUAACUGCCUCCUUCCCCCUCUCGGGGUAACUUUAUAACUUUUUGUUAAGACGUAAAAACGUCGUAUCGUAAUGUCAAUUUGUAUCAUUAAAGAAAUUUUGAAACCAGA